AUGUGCAUCGUGAACACCGUUCAGCCACAGCCCACGGUCCCAUGUCGUCGCACGGUAUGCCAACCCCACGUCUGCGGCCAUUAUCAACGCCUUUUCGUCAGCGCUGUCGUGCCACCACCGCUGCCCCUUUGCGUGCUGCUGGCUGCUGGCUCGCCGACCACAGCCAUGCAGGGCCAUUGUCCCUUUGCAAGAGCCUCUGCGCUCUGCCGCCGUCCCGGCCACUUGCAGUCGUGGUGCUUAUCGGGCUAUCUGAUACACCCCACGUUCGCCCUCAUUGGCUGCCGUCUCGCCACAGUUGCAGCGCAAAAGCUCCCAGACGCCCUCCGAGAACUAGCAGAAUCCACUGCCACAGGUUAA